AUGACUCUCUGCAACUUCUGUGAUGGCUAUGAAAUACAUCCGACCCUUGGUGCAAGCGUCUCACUUCCUUCGUACGGCCAGCUCGAAAAGAAUGCUGCCCAAGGCUGCGAAGGCUGCCGCUUCCUCCGGGACACAUUACGCAUAGAGCCCAAAGAUAGUACCAAGCCGGCCGAUUCUGAAGCUCCAGUUUUCAUCAGUCAAGCAUGGCGCCGCUCCUGGUACCUAUUGUCUUGCCCAAGCCUUCGAUCCGGCGAAGUCAUAGUCGCUCCCUGCGGUGCUGAGACAUUCGAGUCCGACUUUGUGGUACCGGAGAAUCCAAAUGACUAUCGCUGCUGGAGAACGGUGCGGAGAUGGCUGGACGAGUGCAUUCAGCACGGAUGUUCAGCCAUCGCUGAUGUGCCGCUUCCGAAGCGCAUCAUCGCGGUGGCCGAGGACGAGAGGGUUCCGCCCCGGCUCUUCCUGCCGCCGCCGGGAACGACCGGCCGCUUCGUGGCCUUGAGCCACUGCUGGGGCAAGACGACAAACAUGACGAAGCUCCUGACCGAGAACGAAGCCGCGUGGCAGCACGGUAUCGACGUGUCCGCGCUGUCGCAGAACUUUCGAGAUGCGAUGGUCGUCACGCGUCGCCUCGGGUUCCGUUACCUCUGGAUAGACGCCCUGUGCAUCGUGCAAGACUCCGCCGCCGACUGGGUCGAACAGUCACCCCAGAUGGCGUCCAUCUAUGGUACGGCGGCGCUGGUCGUGUCGGCCGCGUCGGCCGCCACUAGUGACGAGGGCUUCCUGCGUCCUCGUCGAUCUCUGUGCUCGCCGCUCCUCGGUCCAUCGCGUUCCAAAUACCUUGUCGCCAAGACGGACGUCGUGGGAGAGUACGAGUGGUUAAGGCUGCCCGCUCUCAGCAUUGUCGGUCGGUCGGUACUGAACUCUCGGGGCUGGGCGGCUCAGGAGCGCAUCAUGGCCGCUCGCCUCCUGCAUUACACAACUUUUGAGAUGAUCUGGGAGUGCCCCAAACACUGUCUUUUUGAGUCGACGCGGCCGGUGAUUGACGAAGUCUCCGCGCCCGCUUAUUAUACGCCGGACCCCUUUUUGAGGAAAGCUGAAAUGCAUAAGCUAGUGGUUCAGUGGCAGCGCGCCCAGCUAGGACCAGGGGCGCGAAUACAUGAGGCCAUAUCGAACCCGAAUGCCACCCUACGCGCGUGGUUUGACUGCGUACAGGAGUUCUCACCCCGACAGCUGACGUGUUCAUCCGACAAGCUUCCCGCCGUUGCCGGCCUAGCUGUCGUGUUCGAUUAUGGCCUGGAAAGGGCUGGAGCCUAUCUGGCCGGCCUAUGGAGCGGACAUCUAGCUCGAUGUCUCGCUUGGCAAAAGCAGCGGAGUCCGGAGGUUAGCGGGGUCGCUGACUGCCAUGCGCCGUCAUGGAGCUGGGCUUCAGUGGGCGGCAGGAUACAAUACGCCUGGGAAGAAGCGGAGCACGUGUUGCAUACUGCUAUUGAAUCUUCGCCCUGGCCGAGUCGGCAUAAUCCUCGCCUAUUGGAUCAUCAUAUGGUUCAUGCCGGCGAGUCGGGCCCUUAUAUGAGCGUGGAGGAAGGCUCUUAUAUCGUCCUCGAGGGGAACUGCAUGGAUGCCCGUAGGCUAGGUUCCAAUUGCGAAAUCAUGUUCGAUGGAAGAGGAUAUGGCUGGCUGCUGAAUGGAAAACCGGUCUUUGGAGAUGGCCCCGAAGAUAUCGUUUUGAUGCAGCUGCUGUGGACGACCAGGAACUUUCAUCCCGAAAAUCGACUUGAACUCUGCGCGCUUCUCCUCAGAGAGACGGAGAGCAAGGACACCUUCCGUCGGGUUGGGCUGGUGACUUAUUACUUAGGGCGAGAGGCCGGCUAUGUAAAUGGACAGUUUAUGACGCCUAUGGGCCUCGAGGAAUCGUACAAUGCGCUUGGGUGGCAGCGGAGAGCGUUGAAGAUAGUGUAG